UAAGUCGAUGUUCACGAUAUUCUUUGGUCUAUCCUCGCUUAUGUUUUCUUCCGAAGGGCAUAAAACCUUUUCAGAUUCGACCUCUGAACCAAUCUCUCCCCAAGUUAGACUCGAACCUAUGCUUACAAGGUUGUCGUGUUUAUUCAGGGAAUUCAGACUGCUUUUAGACUGUAGCGACUUCUUUUGCCGCAUUGCGCAUCACAGGAAUCGACAUCACUUCCACUGGGAACGGUUGAGUCAGCAGUUUGGGAAGGCUGGCAAUGCGUAUUCGAAGAGUGAGAUAACGCAAAUAAGCAAGGAGACGUGAAAUGGAGUUCUUCGUCGCUUCAUUGGGGAGAUGCGGGGUGGCUGUCCUGCCUCCUGCUCAGUGGGAGACACUUCGGUGCAGAGAGAUAUACCGAGCCGCUUUGCAAGACUGAGGAUAUACCAGAAGUGGAUGUGGUUGUCAUAUCGGUGCCAACAUAGUCACUACUACCAACGCCGGCUGAGCACCCUCUUCAAGGAG